GUUCCGGGCGUGUCUUGCGUGGCGGGACCUGAGGCAGCCAUAUUUGUUAAGGGAAGGGGACCCGAGAGAAAGUGACAACUUUUCCUCUCUCCACCCAAUCGAUGCUAGCCAUCCGAAGCGAGCCCUGAAUUAUGGCGGCUUCUGCGCCGACGCCGCACGGAACUGGCUUUCCAAUUGAGGGGCGAUGUGGUUACUAUGUGGAAAAGAAGAAGCGGUUCUGCAGGAUGGUGGUGGCAGCAGGGAAAAGGUUCUGUGGUGAACACGCUGGAGCCGCGGAGGAAGAAAAUGCUCGGAAAAGAAUCCUAUGUCCUUUAGAUCCAAAACAUUUUUUCUUUAUAUUUAGCACAGUAUAUGAAGAUCAACUAGCAAAGCAUUUGAAAAAAUGUAACUCAAGAGAGAAGCCUAAACCUGACUUCUUUAUUCAAGAUAUUAAUGCAGGCUUAAAAGAUGAAACAGAAAUAUCUGAACAAUUAGUUCCAAUUUCGUCUCUCUCUGAAGAGCAGUUGGAAAACUUAAUUAAGAAAUUGAGAAAAGCGAGUGAAGGUUUGAACUCAACACUUAAAGAUCAAAUCAUGUCCCAUCCAGCAUUGCAUGAUGCCCUUCAUGACCCUAAAAAUGGUGAUUCUGCAACCAAACAUCUGAAGCAGCAGGCUUCUAUUUUAGGUAACAUUGAAAAAUUAAAGUUACUUGGUCCAAGAAGAUGCUUUGUUGAGUUUGGAGCAGGAAAGGGAAAAUUAUCUCACUGGGUUGAUAUUGCCUUAAAAGAUGCUGAAGAAGUUCACUUCAUCCUAGUAGAAAAGGUGACCACAAGAUUCAAGGUUGAUGGCAAACACAGAAAGAAAAAUUCCGUGUUUGAGAGACUUCAAAUUGAUAUUCAACACUUGUGUUUGAACAAGAUUCCUUUGCUAAGCAAAGAAAAACUGCCUGUAGUAGGAAUUGGAAAGCAUCUGUGUGGUGUGGCAACAGAUCUUGCAUUACGAUGUUUGGUUGAAACCUAUGCUGCCAGUUGUGAGGAAAGGAAUGAAGAACCUUUAGCCAAACGCAUAAAGAAUGAUAAAACAGAGAAAGAAAUUAACACUUUGGCCAAGGAAGGAAAUGAAAAAAAUGUCCCAGAGAAGUGGACCCCUGUGGCUGGCAUUGUUAUUGCACUCUGUUGUCACCACAGGUGUGAUUGGAGACAUUAUGUGGGCAAAGAAUAUUUCAGGGCCCUAGGCCUUGGAGCAGUGGAAUUCCACUAUUUCCAGCGAAUGAGUAGUUGGGCCACUUGUGGGAUGCGAAAAACAGCUUUGGAAGCGUCAGAUAUUUCCACAAAGAGAAAAGAUAAACCGAACGAUGACAGCGAGGAGCACGAUGAUGGAAGGCAUGGAGCCACAGAUGACGGCGCUGAGAGUUUGCCUGGGUUUCUUACCGUUGAAGAAAAGAAGAAAAUAGGGCAUCUUUGUAAAUUGCUGAUUGACCAAGGCCGAAUCAAGUAUUUACAGCAGAAAGGAUUCAGUCCUGCUUUACAGUAUUAUACAGACCCUCUGGUGUCUUUGGAAAAUGUAUUGUUAACUGCUUUACCAAGUCGUUCAACACCAGAAACAACUGCUUAAUGGAAACGAAAUUUUGAACAACAUCUGUCUUCCACCAAAAAAAUUUUUUAAUUGUAUUUUUAUAUUCAUGAAAGUAUAAUUUAAAUAGCAGGUAACAUGAACUUUUAAAAAUGUUGUGGCCUCAAUGAACUUUGGUAGUAGCUUUGUUUUUUCACUUCAGAAGUCCAAACAGUAGAGAAUUCACUAAAUUCCCAAAGUAAUCCUCUUCAGCAGGGCAUCUUGAAUUUUAUUAUCCAUCAGCAUUUAUAGAGAUUGGUUUAGUAGUCGAGCAGUUGACUUGGUUAUCUGAAACACACAUAACAUGUCAAUUGUAACUAGCACAUUAACUUUCUACUUGCAUUAAUUUUGGAAAUUUAUUUUCCUUUGAUUUUAUUUAAUACUUUUUAUCUUUCAAGUUCAAGAUGCGGUGAUCAAUUGUCAGUUUACAAGAACCAAUCUGAGAAUUUGGCUUAUGUAUGGAUUUUUUUGUCCUUGAAGAUCUGGGAAGAAAAAUUAAAUGUGAUUAUUUGUUUCUAAUGUAAACAAAUUCAGGAAGUUCACAAUCAAUUAAUGAAUUCACCUUCCAGAUUUCAAGAGCCACACCUGUGUUUAUAUAUAAUCAGAAUGUGUCCAGAAUUUUUCAAGGGAAAAAAACUGUUUCACUUCAUCAUUUUUAUUGGAUAAUAAGCUAGUUAGAAUUUCCAAAAAGAUACUUAUAAGCCUAAUUCACAAAUUAAAUUGAAACUUUCAAAUAACUCCUGAAGUUAAUUAGAUGCCAUAUCUUUUAACAGGCUAUUUUUACAUGUAUAAGUACAAAUGUAAGUAUAUUCUCUCCUGUUUGGAAAAAUAAUUUGGAAUAAAGUGGAAAUUAGGUAAUGAAACCAAAACCUUCUCACAUAUAGGCCUCAUUUAACUCAUAAGCAGUUUCUAUGCAUAAACUGACAUUAAACCAAACAUAUGGCAAGACUGUUAACUUUCCUCAUCUUAUCCUUGAUUUAUUUCUGCCUUUAUUUGUAAAAAUUGUCUUGAUCUUUGAUACAUUUGCCAAGACAAAGAUCCAGAAUUACUCAUUUUAGACAUUAUAAUGAUAUUCUUAGGUAACUAUUUUGUAGGUCUAUGAUUACAUUAAUUACAGAUGAGAAGUCUAAGCAUUUUUAAUUUCUGACCUUUCUCCUUUAGUUCUAUCUCAUGUAUCUCAUGAGACUGCCUGCGUUCAAGUAUCAGCCCUACUACUUGAUCUCUUUGUGCCUCUAUUUCCCCCUCUUAAAACGGGGAUGGUGAAGAUAGUAAUACCUCAUAAGGUUGUUGUGAGCAUUAAAUGAGAUAGUACAUGUGAGAUGCUUAGAACAGUUCUGAGUACAGAAUUUUGUACUCAAUAAAUAUUAACUAUUAUUAAUAGUACUAAUUCAUGAAAAUAUUUCUAGUAACAUAGUAGGCAGACUUGGUUUUAUUAUCUCUGUUUAAGUUGUAAUCAUUUUUCUCUUGUUAUAAGUUCUAUGUCAUAUUAUUAAAGUAAGAUAGUUUAUUUUUUAAAGUAGUUACUCAUGCCUGCAAAUCAAGAGAACAUAAAUGAAGAUAAUAAUACAUAACUCAGAAAUUAACCUGAUUUUACUGAGUUAGGCAAUGUUAAUUUGUGUCAUACUAUCUGUUUUGCAUCAUUCAACAAUUUAUGCCCCAAAAUAAAAAUAAUUCUACAGCAGG